AUCAGGCCGGCGCGCGCCCCGUACGGCUCCAUGGUUGAACACACGCAGGUCGACUGCUCUCAGUCGGGUGCUAUGCAAACGCUAACGCCACAACCCCAUCGCGAUGCCGACGACGACCAGCUCGCCGACGAAUACGUACAGAAUUUCGAGUUGGACCAUCUCGAAGACCAUCAUCUAGUUAAACGGGAACCUAUACGAAGUGGCUGGCACGAACUCGUGGAGACCCUACCGGCCUGUGCCCGUGCAUGUCGCCAGUGGCCCGACGCCGGUCCUUACCCGCAGCCCCACGUGGCCAUUGCCGUAGAUCCCAGCACACCCCCGGAGACUCCACCAGCGCCAGUGGGCCGGAGUCCGUGUCGUGCGCCGCCCGUUGAUGACGUGCUCUGGUUGCCUCAUAUGCGUGAACCUCUCGACAUGCGUACCGUACCGUGUGGGAGUUUUGAGGAGUGGGACCGUAGGGAGUGGAGAGAUCAGGACCAUCAUUUACAACAAGUCGGCAUGCGGCCGGAGAGUUCGUGUUCAGCGAUGUCUCCGAGGACGGGUCCGCAUCAAUCCUAUCAGCCCUCGUCUUGUGGAGACGAUCUUCUCAGUGACGACUUACUAAUGACUCUGAGCGUACGAGAGCUAAACAAAAGAUUACACGGCUUUCCUAGAGACGACGUUACGCGGCUAAAACAAAAAAGACGAACACUAAAAAACCGAGGCUACGCACAGAACUGUCGGAGCAAACGGUUGCAGCAGCGGCAGGAACUGGAAUUAGCAAAUCGAUCGCUGCAGGAUGAGCUGCACCUGCUGCAGCUGCAAGUGGCUCGUGUGACACACGAAAGAGACGUGCUUAAACAGCGGUUGGCGUUAGUGGGUCGUGAGCACGCAGUUCCCCAGCACGCCGGUCAUGCACCACCCACUCCACACUCGUCACCGGAGUUCUUCUCAGAGCUGUGACGGCAGGGUGCGGCGCCGCGGUCCGCCGCCGCCGCCAGCUCCGCCUGCAACUGGCAGCGCUAUUGAGGGCCUGCGAACACGGACUGCUCGUGCUUUUGUUAAGUUUGAAGAAUUAAUUAUCAUGAGUUCCAGUUUUAUAGUUUUUCUUAUGGUGGAACAAUGUAGCCGUGAAAUCUCUCGUGAUGGCGAUCAACACCGUGUUAAAUGUAUGGUUGUGUCGUAAAAUAUUCAUAGCUUCGUUAAAAUAUAUGUAUUAUUAAAAAUUAUACAUAAGUUAUAAUGACUCAACUGAUUAUUCAAGUAACUGUAAAUAGAUAAAUCUACGAGGAAUAAUAAUAAUAUUUAGGAUUUCUG